UUCCCAAUUUAAUCCUGAUCAAUACAACACAGGCAAACAUAGUAAGCUGAAGAUCUUAAUGGCGAUGGAGGUAAAUGAAGCAUCUGUAUGCGUGAGACUAGCCAUGAAAGACGAAUCCCCUCUCAUCCUAGAACUGAUCCAGCAACUGGCCGAGUUCGAACGCCUGACUCAUAUGUGUGAAGCAACACAAUCAGGCAUCGAAUCCACCCUCUUCAAUUUUCCUCCCUUCGAAGGCCCCACUGUCUUUUUCCUAGAAAUAAACCCAACGAGUCCUACAAACCCUAGCCCCAGCUCUGAAAACCCUAAGGAUCGUUUUGAAAACAUUGUUCAAAAUCUGAGCUUUAACCCUCCCGUGAACGACCCAGAUGCGCAGAAUUUCAUUUCGAAGAGCGGCGGGACUGUUGUGGGAUUUGUUCUUUUCUUCAGGAAUUAUUCAACUUUUUUGACGAAACCAGGGUUUUAUAUAGAAGAUCUUUUUGUGAGGAAGCCCUACAGGAGGAGGGGUUUGGGCACCAUUUUGCUCAAGGCGGUGGCCAGUCAGGCGACGAAGUUAGGGUUUAGUAGAGUGGAGUGGUCCGUGCUGGACUGGAAUGUGAAUGCCAUCAAGUUUUACGAGGAUAUGGGGGCGCACCUGUUGCAGGAAUGGCGGAUUUGCAGGCUUACUUGUAAAGCAUUGGAGGCUUUUGGGGUUUGAACUCAGGACCUCGUGCUGUUUUUCUGUUUAUUUUUAUGUUAGGGCAUAGGGUUUAGGGUUUGCCUUUUCUUUUUAAUAUAUUAUAUAGAGCUAUUACAAAAUAAAAGCUUUCAAUCUAUUAUAGUUUAAUUAUUAAAUUGAAAAAAUAUAAAAAAUAUUUUUGAAUAA